GCAGCGUCUCCGAGCAUGGAGCGGAGGAGCGAGAGCCCCUGCCUGCGGGACAGCCCCGACAGAGGCAGCGGCAGCCCCGAUGUCAAAGGGCCACCCCCCGGGAAGGUGGCCAGGCUGGAGCAGAACGGCAGCCCCAUGGGCACCCGCGGGAGGCCCAACGGCGCCGUCACCAAGCCCGUGGGAGGUUUGAUGAUUCCAGUCUUUUGUGUGGUGGAGCAGUCAGACGCCUCUCUUGAAUAUGAUAAUCGAGAAGAGCACGCUGAGUUCGUUCUGGUUCGCAAAGAUGUGCUCUUUAGCCAGCUGGUGGAGACAGCGCUCCUGGCUCUGGGGUAUUCCCACAGUUCUGCAGCUCAGGCACAAGGAAUAAUCAAGCUUGGGAGGUGGAAUCCCCUCCCUCUCAGUUAUGUGACUGAUGCACCAGAUGCGACAGUAGCCGACAUGCUACAGGAUGUCUAUCAUGUUGUGACAUUGAAAAUCCAAUUACAAAGUUGUUCUAAGUUGGAAGACUUGCCAGCAGAGCAGUGGAACCAUGCCACAGUUCGCAAUGCCUUAAAGGAACUGCUCAAAGAGAUGAAUCAGAGCACAUUAGCCAAAGAAUGCCCUCUCUCACAGAGUAUGAUUUCUUCCAUUGUAAAUAGUACAUACUAUGCCAAUGUGUCAGCAACCAAGUGCCAGGAGUUUGGGAGAUGGUACAAAAAGUACAAGAAGAUUAAAGUGGAGAGAGUGGAAAGAGAAAACCUUUCAGACUAUUGUGUUCUUGGUCAACGUCCCAUGCACUUACCAAAUAUCAACCAGCUGGCAACUUUGGGAAAAUCUAAUGAACAGUCUCCUCAUGGCCAAAUUCACCACAGUACUCCAAUCCGAAACCAAGUGCCAACGAUGCAAACAAUGAUAAACCCUGGGCUCCUGUCUCCUCAGCUCAGUCCACAACUGGUGAGGCAGCAGAUAGCCAUGGCCCAUCUGAUAAACCAGCAGAUUGCUGUCAGCCGACUGUUGGCUCACCAGCACCCACAGGCUAUCAACCAGCAGUUCUUGAAUCAUCCACCCAUCCCUAGAGCUGUCAAACCAGAGCCAUCAAAUUCAUCGGUGGAAGUCUCUCCAGAUAUUUACCAGCAAGUCAGAGAUGAGCUGAAGAGAGCCAGUGUGUCUCAAGCUGUCUUUGCAAGAGUAGCAUUCAACCGCACACAGGGUUUGUUGUCAGAGAUACUGCGUAAAGAAGAAGACCCUAGGACAGCUUCCCAGUCCCUCCUGGUGAACUUACGGGCGAUGCAGAAUUUCCUCAACUUGCCUGACUCGGAGCGGGAUCGUAUCUAUCAGGAUGAGAGAGAGAGAAGUAUGAACCCAAACGUGAGCAUGGUGUCUUCAGCUGCCAGCAGCCCAAGUUCCUCCAGAACACCCCAGGCCAAAACCUCGACACCAACAACAGACCUCCCCAUUAAGGCGGACAGUGCCAACGUCAACAUCACAGCUGCCAUUUAUGAUGAGAUCCAACAGGAGAUGAAAAGGGCCAAGGUAUCUCAAGCUCUGUUUGCCAAAGUGGCUGCCAAUAAAAGUCAGGGCUGGCUGUGUGAGCUGCUGCGCUGGAAAGAAAACCCAAGCCCUGAAAACCGCACCCUUUGGGAGAACCUCUGCACCAUUCGCCGCUUCCUGAACCUUCCCCAGCAUGAGAGGGAUGUGAUCUAUGAGGAGGAGUCCCGACACCACCACAGCGAGCGCAUGCAGCACGUGGUGCAGCUCACGCCCGAGCCCGUGCAGGUGCUGCACAGACAGCAGUCCCAGCCUGCCAAGGAGAAUUCCCCACCUAGAGAAGAGGCUCCUCCUCCACCUGCAGAGGACAGUUGUGCCAAAAAGCCAAGAUCCCGUACCAAGAUCUCCUUGGAAGCUCUAGGUAUCCUUCAAAGCUUUAUUCACGAUGUGGGUCUCUACCCCGACCAGGAAGCCAUCCACACCCUCUCUGCUCAGCUGGAUCUCCCCAAACACACCAUCAUCAAAUUCUUCCAGAACCAGCGUUACCACGUGAAGCACCACGGGAAGCUAAAAGAGCACUUGGGAACGGUGGUUGAUGUGGCAGAGUACAAGGAUGAGGAGCUGCUGACGGAGUCGGAGGAGAACGACAGCGAGGAAGGCUCUGAGGAAAUGUACAAAGUGGAGGCUGAGGAGGAGAAUCCCGACAAAAGCAAGGCGGCUCCAGCAGACAUCGACCAGAGAUAAUGUGAGAUAGGAGUGCAGAAAGCAAUACAUUGAUCCAAGGAUUUUCUGGUUUUAUUUUUGAUUUUUUUUUUCCUCGUUUUCCUUUUUGUUUGUUUGUUUCCGUUGCGCAUGAUCUAUGUGCAAAGCAAAUGAAUUCAGCAUUGCCCAAUCAGACAUUGCCUUGACACAGACACUCGAGUGUUACACUUCCUACAUCUGACUGAAGCAAUCGUUGUAGUCACAUAGGAUUAUGCCUUCUUCAAUCUUGCACUUAUGAGAGGGACAGCUAGCAAGUAAAUGGGAAGAAAAAGUCCUAUGAAAUCAGUGAAAGGAAAUUUACAACUUUGUGUGUGUAUAUAUAUAUUUACAUAAAAUAUAUAUAUAUAUAUAUAUAUUAAAUUGCAUGGGACGGAACUUUUCAACCUGAAAGUAUAGACUGUGAAAUGAGUUCUUUAAAGAGGAGACUUAUUAAAACCACUUCACAAUGAGUUGCUUUGGCUUUUUGAUAAACUGCCGCCUCCUCUCAGGGUGUGGUGACUAUUUUUGAAUUCCUAUUUAUUUUCUAUGUUUAUCCCUGAUUUUUUUUUUUUUCAUUA